AUGUCUCUUAUGUCUGAGAAGCUGGGAAGGCUCCUCAGAAGGCAAGAUGGCGCCGAGAAAACUCCGCCAAAAGCGCUCUAUUCAGACCUUGAGAGCGCAUAUGAGAGUAUAACAAGCAAGUCAAGCAGCACAUUCUCCAAAUCCCAAAUAAGUCUACCUUUGGAUCAGUCCGCUACACGUACAAACAGCCCACCUGUACCAUUCUUUGUGGCCAAUGCAUACACGAAAUUCCAAUCCAGCGAUGAAAAUUUGUCUCAAUGGCAGACGGUAGCUAGUACUUCCGUAGCAGGAGACAACACGUCGCAUGUUCAAGGAGGAAGGAAGCUGGCGCUGGACAUCAGGAGCGAUACUGUUGACGACAUACUUGAAAGAUACACCGAAAGCGUGCCAGAGGGAUUGAGUUACCAUUUUGACAAGCCAUGCCGGACAGCUACGCCCUGUACGAGGGAUUCUCGAGUUCAAUCGCGCUUCGAAUGUGAAGAAAUGGGCAAUUUGGAAAGAUUUGAUUUGGCGCUCGCGCAGAAUGUGGAACAGAGCAUCAAUACAGGCGCUCAGUCUCCGUCACGUAUUGUAGGCAGGAAACGGACUAAGACAUCGUCCAGCCUUGAUCAAUUUGCGUGGAGCCCAUGUCCCAGUGAGGCCGAUGCGAAUGAGCUACACCAAGCUGAUGAUGAUCUACAUGAUCACGUGGUUAUCGAUCUCAACACCAGUGAUGUGCUCUCGUCUCAUGCUGGGGCAUCUUCCUCAUCUCCUGAGUCUUACGGCAAUACCAGAGAACUUCUCCAGCUUUCGUCGUCACGUCCAUCGGGCAAGACCUCUUCAUAUCGUGUUACGCCUCAUGAGCUCUUACGCGUCCGCAAUUCAAGACUUGCUGGGGAUCUUCAUGUUUCUUGGCCGUGCCAACAACGAGCACCUUCUUUGCAGAGAGCGGCUCGUAUUUCUGGGGUGGUAUCUGAUGGCUCCAGCUCUCGCCCAAUGUCGGGAUCAGAAGUUUUGGGCUCUUUAAGUGAUAUUGUCCGUUCAGUCCUUCGCAGCAGAAGCUUGAGCGCCACCAGCUCCAGUGUCGGCAAACACGGUUGUGCCGCCGAGAAGCCUAAGAUCAAUCGCGAGACUACAAUGACUCUACUUGGGCAAUACGUGGGCGACGUUGCAGAUUUGACACCCAGUACUAGCGAAGUCGUAUCCGACUACCGUAAUCUCCAACUGUCCAACCGAUCUAGUCAGAAUCUAGGCUCGCAUGUCCAAGUGAAGACACGGUCCGGCAGUUUUGAACGACACGCUGGCAAGUUCCUCGGAAUCAAGCCAGCGAUGCAAUCGCCCUUAACUAGGAAGAACAGUAGGCUAGCACAAGCGGCGGCGGCAGCAGGUGUCAAAGAAAGUGGGCGUCUGGGUAGGGCUUUGGCAUCGCCCUCUGAGCAAGACUGGGUCACAGAGACAGACGUGACGACAAGUGGAGAGACUCGAAAAAGUCCUUACUUUGAGACUAUUACUGGCAGUAGCCUUGCGGACAACUCAGAAAUGGCAGGAUUUUUAACAUCGGAAAGACAUUCGAGCCACAAGAUGCAGCACAGCACCGAAGGAGCGUCCGGAUACCCGAACCACGCACGAUACAACCUGUCGUGGUCUGUAAUGAGAAAUGUGCGGAACGGUUCAUUGAUGUUGGGCGCAGAUCAUGUUACUAAGGAGGGAAAGCUUCUCCCAGAUUCUCUGACGAUGGCACAGGUAAACUUCCUUUACCACGAUCAAGUAGCUCGCUCUCUCGAGAUUCUACUAAACGCAUCUGGCGGUCCAGAACUGACUUUAAAACCUCCAUAG